AUGAGCUGGAUCAUGAGCUUCGGUGUUGCAGCCGUGUGCUUUGUGCGACUGUUGACAGAGGUGGCUCACGCCGCCCAGGGUCACUUUGCGCAUCAACUGUUAAAUGACCUCAUGGAGAAUUACUCAAACGCUCUACGGCCCGUGGAAGACACAGACAAAACACUCAAUGUCACACUGCAGGUCACACUGUCUCAGAUUAAAGACAUGGACGAACGUAACCAAGUCCUUAUAGCGUACCUGUGGAUAAGGCAGACUUGGUAUGAUGCCUACCUGAAGUGGGAUAAAGAUGAGUAUGAUGGCCUUGAGGUCAUCCGCAUCCCCAGCAGCCUGGUGUGGAGACCCGAUGUAGUGCUUUACAACAAAGCUGAUGAAGAUUUGCCUAGCCCAGUGGACACAAAUGUUGUGCUGAGGUACACUGGUGAGAUCACAUGGGAUGCUCCAGCCAUCACCAAAAGCUCAUGUGUGGUGGACGUGUCCUACUUCCCUUUCGACAGCCAGCAGUGUAAUCUCACCUUUGGUUCAUGGACUUAUAAUGGCAAUCAGGUGGACAUCACCAUGGCCAUGGAUAGUGGAGACCUCUCAGACCUGGUGGAGAAUGUGGAAUGGGAGUGUGAUGGUAUGCCUGCCACCAAGAACGUGAUCAUGUACGGCUGCUGCUCAGACCCGUACCCAGACAUCACAUACACACUAUUGCUACGCAGACGCUCCUCCUUCUACAUCUUCAACCUGCUGCUGCCCUGCUUUCUCAUUUCCUUCCUUGCACCACUUGGCUUCUUUUUACCUGCCGACUCAGGUGAGAAGGUCUCGCUAGGCGUCACCGUGCUGUUGGCACUCACUGUGUUCCAGCUAGUGGUGGCUGAGAGCAUGCCACAUACUGAGAGCGUCCCGCUCAUAGGUAAAUACUACAUUGCGACAAUGACGAUGAUCACGGCCUCCACCUCUCUCACCAUCUUCAUCAUGAACAUCCACUUCUGUGGUGCUGAAGCCAAACCAGUCCCUCGCUGGGCCAAAGUGUUUAUCAUCGGCUACAUGAGCAGGAUCUUCUUUGUCUACGAAGUUGGAGAGAGCUGCACCUCACCACUAGCACGGGACAAAGAUGCAAACUACCAGAAACAGAUCCGUCAACAGAAACCGACCAGGCAGAAGCCAGAUCCAACCAGGAACCCUUCAGAUUUGCCACCUCCUUCAAAUUUGACCUUGGACCCCUGUCUGUUUUGUGGGCCACAGAGUGGUGGGUUCGGGGAUGACCCGAAGCUCGUCAAGAACGUCGAGUACAUUGCAAACUGCUUCCGGGAGCAGAAACUGACGUCCCUGAAAGUGGCUGAGUGGAAGAAGGUGGCCAAGGUGAUGGACAGGUUCUUCAUGUGGAUCUUCUUUGCCAUGGUCUUCCUCAUGAGCAUCCUCAUCAUUGGCAAAUCGUCAUGA